GGUCUGGCCGCAUCAUGGCAGCGGAAGAGGCGGAUGUGGAUAUCGAGGGGGAUACAAUAGUGGCCGCCGCACAGUCAGGGAGUGAUGGAAGUGCAGUGCCUGUUUUACAACAAGAUCACUUUCUGGAUUCAUCCUGGAGAACUGAUAAUGGCCUUAUUCCUUGGACUCUGGAUAGUACCAUCAGUGAGGAGAACAGAGCUGUCAUUGAGAAGAUGUUGUUGGAAGAAGAGUAUUACUUAUCUAAAAAAUCACUUCCAGAAAAAUUCUGGUUCAAUCAAAAGGAAAAUGAUAAAAAAGAUGUGAAAAGGGUACACUCUCCUACAAAACCAACCAGUUACUCAGUAAAGUGGACGAUAGAAGAAAAAGAGCUGUUUGAACAAGGGCUGGCUAAAUUUGGUCGAAGGUGGACCAAAAUUGCAAAGCUAAUAGGAAGUCGUACAGUUUUACAAGUGAAGAGUUACGCCAGACAGUAUUUUAAAAAUAAGGUAAAAUUAGAUGGUGUGGAGAAGGAAAUACCGAAUCAGAAGAGCUGUGAACUUCAGGUUAAAAGUGAGGAUGAAGGGAAAAAAGUGUGGACACAGUCACCAUCAGGUUUAAGGGGACUCACUGAUCCCACCUUGAAUGCUGUAAAAAUAGAAACAUUAUCUGAUGAUGAAGAAGUGGAUAUCACAGAUGUUAUAGAUGAGUUAACUUCUCAAGCACCAGAAAAGACUCCACAGAGCGGUAUCUUAUUAGAUAUUCCUGAGCGUAAAAAUCAUGAAACCAGUUGGGGAGAAUUAAUAGCUUCUGACACGGAGAAAGUGUGCUUUUCUAAGAGUUCCAAGGAUCGUCAGAAUAUAAAGCAAGGUGGGGCAGGGCCCCUUGGAAGCCCAGUCAUUCCAUCGUGGACGGAAACACAAAGCAGCAGUGACAAACCAGUUGACUUACAUGAUGAGCAACGUAACGAAUCGAUCGAACACUGCGGCAGGCAUUCUGAAAAUGGCCUGAGAGAUGGUGUCAGACAAGUGCCUCGUCUAGAGCCUUGUGAAGUUCAGAAAGCUUUGAGUGAAAAGGAAAUGCAUUUUCAUUCUUCCUGUCAAAGUGAAGAAGAAAACCCUGAAGAAGAAGAGCUUAAGCCACCAGAACAAGAAAUAGAAAUAGAUAGAAAUGUCAUUCAGGAAGAAGAAAAACAAGCAAUUCCUGAGUUUUUUGAGGGACGCCAAGCAAAAACACCAGAACGCUAUUUGAAAAUUAGGAAUUACAUUUUGGAUCAGUGGGAGAUAUGCAAACCGAAAUACUUAAAUAAGACCUCAGUACGUCCUGGCCUGAAGAACUGUGGGGAUGUUAAUUGUAUUGGACGGAUUCAUACAUACCUCGAAUUGAUAGGAGCAAUCAAUUUUGGAUGUGAACAGGCUGUAUAUAACAAACCGCAGCCAGUUGAUAAAGUGAGAAUCAGAGACAGAAAAGACACUGCAGAAGCUUACCAACUUGCCCAGCGUCUGCAGUCCAUGCGCACGAGGAGGCGGAGGGUUCGCGAUCCCUGGGGAAACUGGUGUGAUGCCAAGGACUUAGAAGGACAGACAUUCGAGCAUCUCUCUGCUGAAGAGUUGGCAAGAAGAAGAGAAGAGGGAAAAUGUAAACCUGGUAAAUCUUUGAAAGGGCCAAGGCCCACAAAAAGCUCAUUUGAUCCAUUCCAACUGAUACCUUGUAAUUUUUUCAGUGAAGAAAAGCAGGAGCCAUUUCAGGUGAAAGUGGCUUCAGAAGCACUUUUAAUAAUGGAUCUGCACGCUCAUGCUUCUAUGGCAGAAGUGAUUGGUCUGUUAGGAGGAAGAUACUCAGAAGUUGAUAAAAUAGUGGAAGUGUGUGCAGCGGAGCCCUGUAACAGCCUCAGCACUGGGCUGCAGUGUGAGAUGGACCCUGUGUCACAGACCCAGGCCUCGGAAACCCUGGCUCUGAGGGGCUAUCGUGUGAUAGGGUGGUAUCAUUCCCAUCCUGCCUUUGAUCCUAACCCUUCAUUACGAGACAUCGACACCCAAGCCAAGUACCAGAGCUACUUCUCCAGAGGCGGUGCAAAGUUCAUUGGCAUGAUCGUUAGUCCUUAUAAUCGAAACAAUCCUUUACCCUAUUCCCAGAUCACCUGCCUGGUUAUAAGUGAUGAGAUUAGUGCAGACGGCUCCUAUCGUUUACCUUACAAAUUUGAAGUACAACAGAUGUUGGAAGAACCGCAGUGGGGGUUAGUAUUUGAAAAGACAAGAUGGAUAAUAGAGAAGUACAGGCUCUCCCAUAGCAGUGUCCCCAUGGAUAAAAUCUUCCACCGAGAUUCGGACCUGACUUGUUUGCAGAAACUUUUGGAGUGUCUAAGGAAAACGCUGAGCAACGUGACCAAUUGCUUCAUUGCUGAAGAAUUCUUGACUCAAAUAGAAAAUUUGUUCCUUUCCAAUUAUAAAAGCAAGCACGAGAAUGGAAUAGCUGAGGACAGCUGUACUACGGAGCCUCCCAAAGAAGUGUUAAUGUGACUCAAAGUAAGAGCCAAAAUGAUUUGCAGCUGCAGAUGCCUGCGCUCCUGUGACUACCAGCCUUGAGGAUAACUGAAGCCCGGACUUGGACAUGUGCAGAAAACUGGAGCUAGAACUACUGAGACUAUUAUACAGGAAGUCCAGCAGGCAGGGGUAAAAUGUGGCUUUCCCACCGGCUCUAGUCUGUAGCCCAGGAGACCUGGUGGCCUAAUGGUGCUAACCCAGAAGUUGGCAGUUCAAACACACCAGCCAUGCAGUGGAAGAAGUACCUGGCAGUCUGCUCUCAUAACAACUACUGCCUAGCAAGCCUUCCAGAGCAGCUCAACUCUGCCUGUGAGCUCGCCGUGGACCAGGAGCAGCUCAGUAGCACCCAACAUCAAGAAUAGGGUGUACAGAAGUUGAGACAGGGCUUGAAGACAUCCACGUUCCUGUAUCCUGUAUCGUGCUUCUUUCUAAUUCUAAUUCAGUGAUCUAACACUUUUUCUGUGGUGGUUUGGCUUGGCUAAUAGAAAUUGAGACUAGUACUCCAGUAUUAAAUCUAGCUCGCUUUCAAAACAUAAUCCAAAGUGACAUUAAAAAAAAAAUAUCAGACUUGACUCCCCAUUUUGAUUAUCCUACCCUUUUGACUGUUCCUCACUUAAGAGGUCUUCAGCUUACCUUUCCUACAGACAGUUUGGCCAUGUGUUCAGGGCUUUGGUGGGCUGCAGUCAGGUUUAUAAGGAGUCCUGACUAAGAGCUCGGCUGCUCACCAGAAGGUCAGCUGUAGCUCCAGCCUAGAGCUCCGUGAUCCCGCUCUGCUGGAGCGCCCAGAGCGGUCAUUGCCCCUCUGCCUGACAGGCACUCCUAGAGCUGCUGCUGCCCAAACAUCCUCCAAAGGACAUUUACUUUCACGACCCAUACUAGCCCACCGUUUGGUGGGGGCACCUUACUGCUUCUUUCCUGAGGUUCAUCCCUGCGUCCUUACUGCUGCCCUCCCUUCUCAGCACACAGGUGAACGCUCACUCGUUCUCUCACUGGUUCAAAGAUAGACCUCUCAAGUAGACAUGAGAAGACUCAUUUACCUUUCUUCUCAAUUUCCCCUCUGUCUGGCAAAUGGCACAGGACCGGCCCCUGCUGCUCUCGGGCCAGCAGAGGAAUGCCUGGCCUGAGCAGGCCUCCUCGCCCUGAAAGUCUGCCUCCUUCCUGUGUCGCGCUGCCGCCACCUGCCUCAGUGAGCUGGAGGAACUGCUACCAGUCAGCAUGCCCGGGAACGGGCGCUCUGCCCUGUGCUUUGAAAGAGCCGUCAACGCUCCACAGCCUGCAGUGUAGCCCCUCCCGCCUCCUCCUCAAGUCGGCAAAGGUGCCCCGUCCCGCGCUUUCAGUCAGGGUUACUCCCAAUUUUUUUUGAACCUAUACCUUCCUCUUCAAAAAUUAAGAGACAUUUAAAUUUAGAGUCACAUCAUGCAUCUAAGAAAACCUCACAGGAGCAUAAAGAAAAGCACACACAUUUUUAUAAUCAUCCCACCAGGGCUCAUUUUAAAAAUUACAAAUAAAUGCCAUAUUUUGCCGUAUUUCCAGAAAAUCACUGUGGGAGAAUAAUGUAUUUGAGCUUAUUUCAAAGCUUUUCUUUAAAAAAUCCCCCCUUUUAACCUGUAAUGUGUACUUUCUAGUAUUUUCUAAAUCUGGCUGUUAAACUACUACCCUGCUUUCUAGAACAAGGAGGGGUAACCGAGGAGAAAUAAGCACAUCCACCAGAAGCAUGAGUGUGCCAAGGCUCUGUGCAGAGCUGACAGGGAAUCUUCCACUUCCGUGACGUCUGAGUUGUCUUCGAUAGUUUACAUGUGGUGUUUAUGUCCAUGUGCUUUUGAACUCUGAUUUCCAGGAUGCCUGCUUUGCUGUCCGUGGGAUUCCUAGAGUACGCAGGCCCUCACAAACAGAAGUCUGUUACAUACGCCUCCGUACUCGUAUCCUGCGUCCUCGUGAUCUCAGAGCACCUUUUCAACCUGGGGUUUAUGAAACAGUGCUUACUUUCUAGCAUGAUUAACUAGCUCGCUCAUAUGUCUUUAAAUCUGUGGGUCUGACCUGUAAAUUAUGUGUCUGGUUUAAGUUCGCUAGACAUUCUGCAUGAUUAUUGAUAAACCUGUUGCUAUUAUUUUUCCCAAAUGUUUAUCAGUAUGUACAGACUUCUAUCACUAGUUUGGAUUUUGGAAUGUUCUGAGUAUAAUGAUUUAAAGCUAUUUUUUACAUUUAUGGAUGAUGCUAUGAUGUGUAUAUCUCUAUUAAGGAAUAUUGUGAAUAUUAGUGUUUAUAGAAUAAUGAAAGAUUUUCCUCAAAAUAAUUGGCCUUCCCUCUCAUACUUAACUGCCAUCGUGGUAUAUUAUGAAAUGAAUAACUAGACUUUCAGAUUUUAUCUUGUAAAACUCAAGGGGAAGUUUACUGUAAAUAAAAUUUUGAAAAUGGAAAUAA